AUGAUCGAAAAUUCACGUGGAUGCCUUACUGAGAUUGCUAUUGCCAACUGUAUACCGCAUGAGAUUCAGUCUUUGAGAAGAAACCCCAAAGAUCCAAGGACGUACAGCAACAGAGCUGCAUGCUACACAAAAUUGGGUGCAAUGCCUGAGGGACUGAAAGAUGCUGAGAAGUGCAUUGAGCUUGAUCCAACCUUUUCUAAGGGUUACACAAGAAAAGGUGCUAUUCAGUUCUUCAAGGAGUAUGACAAAGCUUUAGAAACAUACCAGGAAGGGUUGAAACAUGAUCCCAAUAACCAGGAACUGCUCGAUGGUUUCCGAAGAUGUGUGGAACAGAUUAACAAAGCGAGUCGAGGCGAUUUCACCCCUGAAGAGCUGAAGGAAAGACAGGCCAAGGCAAUGCAAGAUCCUGAGAUUCAAAACAUUCUCUCGGAUCCUGUCAUGAGACGGGUUUUGAUUGAUCUCCAGGAAAACCAGAACGAAGCACAAGAACACAUGAAGAAUCCAAGGGUGAUGAACAAGAUCAAAAAGCUGGUCAUCGCUGGAAUUGUGCAAAUCAGAUAA